UAGGACCUGUUUGCCUGUCAUGGCAGGAUGUAGUUUCUUGUUGUGUGUCGGACAGUUUUAACCGUUGCACUCCACUGUCAGUCAACGACAUGGCGUCCGGGUACAUACUGAAUCGUGGCGCGUUAACAUUAGGAAUUCAUUGUCAGCGUGUUUGCAGAAACAUAUCAUUAUCCCAGGUUAGAGAGAAAAAGCGAUGGAUGAAAGCAUACACGCUCCUCAUGGCAAAGAAGUUACAGCUUGAAGGACCUCCACCACCGAAGCCACGCUCUCAGCAACCUAACUGGGACUACCAUGCUGAGGUUCAGGCUUUCAGCAUCCGCCUUCAUGAGAACUUCUCCUUGGAGCUACUGAAAAUAGCCUUCAUCAAUCCCUGUUACUUGCAGGCAGAGCAAGAGAAGAGACAAGAGUUAGGCAUGAACUCUGAGACCACCGCUCUUGCUCUGAAAGAUAACAUUCAGCUGAGUGAAAAGGGAGUGGGUUUCACCAAAGGCUUCCUGACUGACUGGUGCAGGGCCAACUUCCCAGGUCUCCCGAGCGAAGGGGUGGAAAGUAUCGUAGGACACCUCACAAGUUCAGCACUUGUGGCCCAUGUAGCAAGAAAUCUCGGCAUUGAAGAGCUUACCAUGAGUGCAGAAUACCCCAUUGGUGAUGAUGUGCUUUAUUCUACAUUUAUGGCAGUGAUUGGAGCUCUACAGGAGAGCAGUGGAGCAGAGCGGACUGGAUUUUUCCUCAGGGAUUUCCUGGUCUCUCAUUUGAUAGGGAAGGAUCUGUUUGAUAUGUGGACAGUUGUCAACCCCAUGGGACUACUAGUGGAGGAGCUUACUAAGAGGAAUGUUCCUCUGCCAGAGCCUCGCCUCAUCAGGUCUGCUGGAGCCAGUACUGUCCUGCCAUUAUACUUUGUCGGCUUAUACAGCGACAAGAAGCUUCUGGCUCAGGGUCCUGGAGAAACUCUUCUGGCAGCCGAGGAAGAGGCAGCCCGUGUGGCCCUCCGGAAAAUCUAUGGCUACACAGAGAACCGCAGACCCUUUGACUUCUCACCACCACAACAGCAUGCGAAACCAUUAAUUCAGUCAGUCAGCAGUGGUUAAUGAAGUGACGUCUCGUAUUCUCUGGACUACAGACAUCCAUGGAGAAAAGAAAAGAAAAUAAGGUCAAGAUGUACCUUAUUAAACAUCAGUCCAACAGUGGUCAGUGAGAUGUCAGUUACCCCACAUAAAUAAAAACUAAAGAAGCCUUACUGUCCAAAUAAAAACUAUGACUGCUGUGUAAAAUCGAGGCUUCCAUGGACUAAGCUAUUCGAAUAAAUUUAAUAAAGUCUUCAAGAGUGAAGUUCACUGGUUCCAUAGUUUUCCUUGGCUAAUAACGCCAAGGUUUAGUAGUCCAUGGCACAAAAUAGCCCUGAUAGCUAUUUGUCCCUUGCAAUUAAAGCAAUUGCCAUUUGGUUAACUGUUUUCUGCUAUAUUAUUUGUCUGUAAUAAAAGUAAUAAUUAUAUGUACAUUAUGAUUUUAUUCAUUUUUUGAUUAUAAUUAUUUUCUUUCAUAUUAUUACAUAUGCUUUUAUGAAAAUGAGUGUAUUGAUAUAAACUUGAUAUCUACAUUUUUUUCUGACAUUUUACAAGAUACCUUACUGGGUUUCCUCUGUAUGUUGCUGCUUGGAAGAUUGAAGAAGUAUUUCCAUACAAAUUUUUAAUCAAGUCAUUUAUAUGGUGGAUGGAAAUGUCUUUCACGCAUGAAACUAGUUGAGUUCAUGUUCUCCACCUGCUCAGACUAUAAAGAAAUAAAUUCAUCCGCCGGUAUUCAUUAAAGUGGGAAAAAGGG